CAAAGUAUAAGACAAAGGAACAUAUUAUAGAGUACAAGGAGUUACUGUUGUUGUUAGCCGCGCAGAGCCGUCCGAACCGUAGUGAGGAAUGUUGCUGAAAUUUUUGUAAUGAUAGCGAUACGGCUACCGAUUAACGGCUAAAAGACGAUUAGCUUGAGCCGUACUUGGGCGCGGCACGGGAGGCCUUGGGACCAAUGAGCAGCGGGAAAAAGUCGAGGGAGGUUCGCGACAGCCUGCUGGUGAACCUGUCGGCAUGUCGCUACCCGCUGGUGCGGGAGGCGGCGGAGCGGCUGGGCUACGAGGUGGCAGAGGACGAGUCGGAGCUCUGGGACUUGUUCUGGAGCGACCUCUCGGUCUCCUCCGACCGCGUGCAGCGCCUGCUGCCCUUCCAGCGCCUCAACCACUUCCCCGGAAUGCUGGAGAUCUGCCGCAAGGGCGCGCUCUCCCGCCACAUGGCCCGCAUGGCCGCCCGCCUGCCCGCGGAGUACCGCUUCUACCCGCCCUCCCUGGUGCUGCCGGACCAGCUGGACGACCU